AGGUAUCAGUAAUUUAGAUAAUAUUUCACUGGCAACAAUGGACCAUACUCAAAAUGGCAAUCGUGUGUUCUGGACGUCUUCAGAAGUCUACCCAGAACAAAGUAAAACUCCAGCUGAGAGGGGAUAUCAACCCGAGCGGAAGCCUACUGAUUGUGAGGAUCCGCAAAUUCCUGAUAUGAAAACAGAAAAUACGAACCUAUACGAUUAUUAUUCCUACAAAACUAUAUUACAAUCCUUCUCGACUGAAGUCACGAGCACUCACGGACUUCCACAUGUCUUUAAAUCUACCAAUUAUCUAAGUCGUUGUAUCUGGGCCGCUUUGUUUCUCACUGGUGUAAGCCUGUUUAUUUGGCAGACGUCUGUCCUGAUUAAGCUUUAUCAUGAUUUUCCUAUAAACGUAAAGAUUGAAGUAGUGGCAAAUUCUGAGCUCCAUUUUCCCAGUGUCACUAUUUGCAACACAAAUAAACUUCGGCGUUCUGCUGUUGAAAAAUCAAAACAUCGACAAACUCUUGUUGUGGACAAGGGUGUAACCCUUCCAUAUUACGAACCCUGCCUAGAAGGGGACUUCAUGUGCAAUACUGGUGGUACUUGUAUUAAGCAGUAUCUAAGAUGUGACGGCAUCAAUCACUGCAAAGACUUCAGCGAUGAGUACAAUUGCGUGUAUGGAGAGUGCAAUAAUGAUUACCUUUUCAAAUGUAAUAAUGGUAGCGAUGCAGGUAUAUGUAUUAGUCGACAUCUUGAGUGCGAUCGCUCUAAAAAUUGCUAUGACGGUGAGGACGAAGACAAUUGUGGUAAGGGUAAAUUUGUAUUACUUGUGGUGCCUUAA